AUUUAUUAUUUUCUCUCCUUCACAAAAAAAUACAAUAAAUUUUUUUAAAAUCCUUUUAUCUCAGUUAAUUUAAACAAUUUUACUAGGCAGUAUGAUGGCAGGCAUGCUUCGUCGUCUCCCAAAAUCUGUUGUGUCACUUAAAUGGUACCAAAACUCAGUUUCGGCAUAUUCUAGUGAUGCAUUGAAGCAAAAGGAAGCUCCGAUUGUUGAUAACUCUGUUAUCCUUGACGAUAAAGAAAUGAAGGAACGUGAAAAGUUGACACAUUUAGUAAACCUUCCAAAAGAAAAAACAUUAGCUUCAAUUAACGGAGUUCCCGAGGAGCAUGUUAAAGACCGAAGAGUUAGAAUAUUUAUUCCUGCAAAGAAUGCAAUGCAAAGCGGAACUAAUAAUUUAAACACUUGGCGUAUUGAGUUUGACAAUCGUGAACGUUGGGAAAAUCCAUUGAUGGGAUGGAGCUCAAGUGCUGAUCCUCUAUCAAACAUGAGCGGAGUCGUAGAAUUUAAUACUAAAGAAGAAGCUAUUAAUCAUUGUGAAAAGAACGGCUGGAAAUGGUUGGUUUCAUCAGAAGAGCGAAAGAAGAAGGAACGUGUAAAGAAUUAUGGUGUAAACUUCUCAUGGGAUAAAAGAACAAGAGUUUCCACAAAAUAAAUGUUGAUCCUUUGUAUAAAAUGAAAAAUCAAAUGUUAACGAAGAAAAUAAAAGCUAGAGAAAAAUGAUUGUAAAUUAAAUAGUAAUAAAUUUUCUUCUUUACAAUAUACACACAGA